AUGAAAUCCCUGAAUAUUGCGAGUGUGGACGCUGUAACGGAUUGUCCUACUGCUGACAUUCCAUCUGUUGAAGAGGCGUUCAUCCUACCGGACGCUCCAGUUCACAUGGAGAUAACUGACAUAGAUGCCUCAGACGGCAUUGUUGACCCUACCCAAAUGGAAGGCGAGUCACGGGCUCCUUGGCCAUUAAAGCAUAAGCGUAAGUGGGCAAGGAAAGCGCGCAAACCUUCCGCCCCCAAACCGGGUGGUGAUAAAACGCUCAAGAGGCAAGCGCUUGAGCUGGGAACACUACCUGGUGUUGCAGUUCCAUCAGUGAGACGAGGUACCGUCGCCUUCGAUCCCGUCGAUUCUUGUCAAACAACCAUGUGGCAUGGAUGGUGGAGCAUGUGGAGUAAAUACACCUCGUCGGGGCGAUUCUUACACAUAGCA